ACAAAAACACAGCCCCGAAACCCACCAUGGAACAAAACUAAAACUCACUGUUGUUCCUUUAUUUAGCGCUCUUCAGAAGAGAAAGAAGAAGAAGGAGAGACUCUUCUCUCAGGAAAAAAUCGCUCGAUUUAUCUCAUAUUCAAACGAUUUUCAUUUUUCCAUUCCAGAUCCUCCAUUUUUCGGCCCUCUUCAGCGACGAAGGAAACCUAGCUUGCGCAAAACGGCCCUUUAGAUAAUUGAAAAUGAAAAAUCCCUCUCAAUCACCCUUGAUUUUCGCUAUUAUUUUCGACUCCGCCCCUUCUUUGUGACCUAGAUUUUCAUUUUCUCUUGUGUGUAGUUCUUUUUGGUUCUUGGUGUAAAUCGUAGUUCGGUAGAGCUUGGUUCUUUUCUUGGGGUUUAAAUCGGAGGUGAUGAACAACAACAAUAGAGGGAGGUAUCCGCCCGGCAUCGGCGUUGGGCGUGGUGGAGUGAAUACGAACCCUAACUUCCAGUCGAGGACCCCGCCGCAGCAACAACAGUACGUGCAGAGAAAUUUCCUGAAUAAUCACCAGCAAUUUCAGCAGCAGCAACAACAGUACCAUCAUAAUCAACAGCAGCACCAUCAUAGCCAACAGCAGCUGCAACAACAACAGCAACAACAGUGGUUGAGGAGGGGCAACAUACGUGGGGCGGAUUCCGUGGAUGAGGUCGAAAAGUCUGUGCAUUCUGAGGCGGUUGACCCGAGCUCACAAGAUUGGAAGGCAAGGUUGAAGAUACCACCAGCUGAUACACGAUACAAAACAGAGGAUGUGACAGCAACCAAAGGAAAUGAAUUCGAGGACUAUUUUUUGAAGCGUGAGCUGCUAAUGGGAAUAUAUGAGAAGGGUUUUGAAAGGCCUUCCCCAAUUCAAGAAGAAAGUAUUCCAAUUGCUCUUACUGGUAGUGAUAUACUUGCGAGAGCCAAAAAUGGUACAGGGAAAACUGCAGCAUUUUGCAUUCCUGCCUUGGAAAAAAUUGACCAAGAAAACAAUGUUAUUCAAGUUGUCAUUCUGGUUCCCACACGAGAGCUGGCUCUUCAGACAUCACAAGUUUGCAAGGAGCUUGGAAAGAAUAUGAAAAUUCAAGUAAUGGUUACCACCGGUGGUACCAGUCUGAAGGAUGAUAUUAUGCGUUUAUAUCAACCGGUACAUUUACUAGUUGGGACUCCUGGAAGAAUACUAGAUCUCGCAAAAAAGGGCAUUUGUAUUUUGAAAGAUUGUUCAGUGCUUGUUAUGGAUGAGGCUGAUAAGCUUUUGUCUCCAGAGUUUCAACCAUCAAUAGAGCAGCUGAUUCGAUUUCUUCCUGCUAGUCGUCAAAUUUUAAUGUUUUCGGCCACAUUUCCUGUUAAUGUCAAGGACUUUAAAGAUAGAUAUCUUCAGAAGCCUUAUGUUAUUAAUCUUAUGGAUGAGCUUACUCUCAAGGGUAUCACCCAGUUCUAUGCUUUUGUGGAAGAAAGACAGAAAGUGCACUGCCUAAACACUCUUUUUUCAAAGCUGCAAAUAAACCAAUCAAUCAUUUUCUGUAACUCAGUAAAUCGGGUAGAAUUGUUGGCUAAGAAGAUUACAGAACUUGGCUACUCUUGUUUCUAUAUUCAUGCAAAGAUGCUCCAAGACCAUCGCAACAGAGUAUUUCACGACUUCCGCAAUGGUGCUUGCAGAAACCUAGUCUGUACUGAUCUAUUUACCAGGGGGAUAGACAUCCAAGCGGUGAAUGUCGUGAUUAACUUUGAUUUUCCAAAGAACUCAGAAACAUACCUGCAUAGGGUUGGUCGUUCUGGAAGGUUUGGACACCUUGGGUUGGCUGUGAAUUUGAUCACCUAUGAGGACCGCUUUAACUUGUACAGGAUCGAGCAAGAGCUUGGUACUGAAAUUAAACAAAUUCCUCCACAUAUUGAUCAGGCAAUUUAUUGCCGUUAAUUUGUGGUGGAUGUUCGCCAUUUACUCAACUAUGGUGAAUACCAAUGGGUUGAUGAAGCUGUCCAUCGGCAAGUAUUCUAGCUCACAUCCAGGCAGCGAGACUAAGAAUUAGUAGUUAAGAGGACUUUCUUGUUGGUGCUUUAUGCAUCUAACCCUGGAAUGCUUUUUAUUGGUUUAUCGAUUUUCAUGGCCCUGAAAUAUUGACAGGAUAUGCGGAAAGUUAGAAGGGUUUAUAAAUCCCAGAUAGGUGCUGGUCACUGUUUGGGGAUGGUUUGAUUUCCUUGGCCGUUGGUUUGGCAUUACCGUUGUGAUAACUGUUGAUUGAAGGUUGUACUUCAUGCAGAGUAUCCUCUCUCCCUCUCUCACUGUGAGAUGCUUUCGACUUUCUUCUCUUUGCUUCAGAAAUAAAAGCGCUGAACUUUUGAGUGCUGUAAUUUCUGUUCUUUCCCUUUUAUUUUAGCAUUUGAUGAAACGCCGGUAUGCUUUCCUUCAAGACGAUAUUGUUUUUUGUCCAGGAUGGCACAAGUGUUUGAUUUGCGUAGUUUUAGCAACUAGUAGUUUUUGGUUCAUGACAAUGAGACUUGAGACUUCUAUUAGUGUGGUUUCCAUGGCUUGUUGAGCUCCGUCUGCCAUGUGACUCGGCGUCAUUUCCUGCAACUGGUCGAGCAACUAAUGCAAUUGAAGGGGGUUGUAGUUAAGGCUCAAGUUGACGGAUUCUACCUCAUUAUGAAGGGGGAGUAGAGCUGUUAUAUAUCUUGUUCUCUAAUUCUUUUUUAUUGAUCGUAGGAACGUUUCUAUUUCUUAUU